UAUUAAUUUUGUCAUUCUUAGGUGAAUGUUUCAUAAUGAAUUUAUAUCCAUUCUGUAAUAUGGAGGCCAGAACUGAUCUACAUAAUAUAGAGAACACUGAUGUUAUGCCAACAUCCUGAGAGAACAUUUUACUGAACAAAUUACAUUGAAUGUUACACCAGUGGCAGAACUGAAUGUUCAUCAUAAACUGAAUGUUCAUCAUAAACUGAACGUUCACCAUAAACUGAAUGUUCAUCAUAAACUGAACGUUCACCAUAAACUGAAUGUUCAUCAUAAACUGAAUGUUCAUCAUAACAUUCACUGACAACUGAUGCUCAAACCUUUUACAACGACGUUCAGUAGCAAAAACUGCUGACAGUGUUAUCACAGUGUAAGUUCAGUAUCACACACUGCUGACAGUCAGUGUUAUCAACAAGAAGUUCCAAAAAAGUUCACCUCACUGUUAGAAAUAUUUUACAUGUAGUGUUAUAAAGGUCAUCUCAAGUUUCUGACUACUCUAAGUUCAGCCUUGUUCGUUGAGUAAGUUCACUGAUCUUAACUGUUCACAUUCAACAAAUCACCUUAAGUUCAAGUGUUCUUGUUCAUGAGGAACACUGAACAGGCAGCAGCAAAGUUCAAGUUUUACUUAUAAAUAGAACUUUAUUAUUUGAACCAGUAAUGAAUUUAAAACUUGACAGAUGAUAACAUUACUCUGUUGAACUUUUUUACUGACUGAAAACCUAAUAAAACUCAGCUAUUUAAUUGCAGUAAUGUUGAACUUUAUUUUGUGUUAGUCAUGUAUGUGUAAUAAAGUUCUCAGUCAUGUAAAAAUAAUCUUAUUUGCUGUGAGAACUUUGUAUUUCAAGGAAUUAUUUCCUCUUUCCUUUAUUAUCCCAGUUUAGUGCAUUCACCUGUAUGUCUGAGUUAAUAUAUGUCUGAGCUAAUAUAUGUCUGAGCUAAUAUAUGUCUGAGUUAAUAUAUGUCUGAGCUAAUAUAUGUCUGAGUUAAUAUAUGUCUGAGCUAAUAUAUGUCUGAGUUAAUAUAGGUCUUAACUAAUAUAUGUCUUAACUAAUAUAUAUCUUAGUUAAUAUAUACCUCAUGUAUGCCAUACAUAAUCUAUCAUACUGUAUACAUAAGAAGCUGUCUUUAAUGAUUGACUUAUUUAUCAUAUUCUUUAUUAUUAUUAAUAAUGAUAAGUUGAUUAGAACUUAAUUAAAAUUUAUCCAGUGUCCGGUAAAGUUGAAAAUAAUGUUAUUUUCAAAAUACAUUGAAUGGAAAACAUGCUUUUGACAAUGGAUAAAAAACUAUUCCAAUUUUGCAUGUUAUGAAGAUUUUGAUAUUGUGAAAAUUCAUGAAGAACAAUGUUAUUAGUCAGUGACUAAUUUCAUGAAGAACAAUGUUAUUAGUCAGUGACUAUAUUCUUUUUUGGGGGGAAUGUUUUAAUGUGGAGUUAUAUAAGAGAGAAACCAUAUAAUGCUUUAGGAUGCUGUGUCUGAGGUUGUAUGUGGGGCCAGGAACUGUGACUUGACCCCUUCAACCAUAUAUAGGUGAGUACACAACUCAUGUAUAAAGUUACAGUCGUGAACAAAAGUGUACCGUACUAACACAGGUUGUACUUUAUGUAUGAGGGUUGUAUAUGGUCUUAGUGUUCACAACUGUUCAAUAAUGAAUGAUGUAGAAGUGAACAUAAACAGGGAUAAGGAUGAGAAGCCUUUUCCCUGUUCAUUGUGUUCUAAAUCAUUCUCCUCUAACUCUCACCUCCUGAGGCAUCAGAGUGUUCAUUCAGAUGACAAACCAUACCAGUGUUCACUGUGUCCAAAAUCUUUUGCAAACAGCUGCUACCUGGCUAGACAUCAGCUUGUUCACUCAGAGGAGAGACCUUACCAAUGUUCUGAGUGUCUGAAGUUCUUUAAGGCGAAGGGUAGACUGACAGAACAUCAGAAGUUUCAUUUGAAAGAGAAACGGUUUCAGUGUCGUGUGUGUCUGAAAUUAUUUUCAGGAAAGAGCAGCUUGAAGAGGCACCUCAUAGUUCAUACAGGAGAGAAGCCGUAUGAGUGCUCUGUGUGUUUAAAGAACUUCAAAGAUAAAAGUUCUCUCAGUCAACAUUCAAUCAUACAUACUGGGGAAGCCUCAUACCGCUGCCAGGUAUGUCUAAAAGGCUUCACACACAGUACUUCUCUUAGCAAGCAUAUGAGGAUUCACACAGGAGAAAAGCCCUACCAGUGCUCAAUGUGUGAAAAAAGCUUCAAACAAUCUGGUCAACUGACAACACACAGGAAAGUUCACACUGGGGAAAAACCAUACCAAUGUUCGGUGUGUUCAAAAAUGUUUGCAAUAAAAUCCAAUCUUGUUAGACACGAGAAACUCCACACGGGACUUAAACCAUACAGGUGUUCUGAAUGCCUUAAAGACUUUGUUUUAAAAUCUAAACUAACAGAACACAUGGUAUCACACACCCAAGAUAAACACCAUAUUUGCCCUGUGUGUUCCAAAAGUUUUAAAAUAAAAAAUUACUUAACAACGCACAUGAAAAUUCAUAGCAAAAAAGUCCUUAGUAAAAAAAGAGUGACUGAAAAGCCAUUUCAAUGUUAUAAAUGUCUUAAAGGCUUUGUGUACAAGACUAAUUUAUUGUACCACAUGAACAUUCACUCACAAGAAACAAAACAUAAUAAUAUUCAGGAUCUGAAAGAUUUUAGGAAAGAAUCACUUUGUAAAAUUGCUGACAACAGUGUGUAACACCUGACAACAACAGUGUGUAAAACCUGACAACAACAGUGUGUAAAACCUGACAACAACAGUGUAUAAAACUUGACAAUAACAACAGUGUGUAAAACCUGACAACAACAGUGUGUAAAACCUGAUACCAACAACAGUGUGUAAGACCUGACAACAACAACAGUGUGUAAAACCUGAUACCAACAACAGUGUGUAAGACCUGACAACAACAACAACAGUGUGUAAAACCUGACAACAACAGUGUGUAAAACAUGACAACGAUAGCCGAGAUAAAUGAGUUUCCGUGGAGACAUAUUGUAUACAUUAACAUCGUAAAAACCAGCACUAUGGUAGAAUAAACCAGGGAAUGGUCAAGGUUUGAACCCAUUGCCAUAGGUUUGAGUUCACCCAUUCCCUGGUUUGUUUCAAAUAAACUUAUUACAGUUUUGUGAGUCGUGAGUCAAAGAUUAACAUGCUGUGAACUCAUACAUAAAGUGAAUAAAGAGGAAGGUGGAUGGAGGCUUGAACUGUGGUCUCCAGAUUAACAGUUCUGCUGCUUUCUCUUCAUUUAUUGACAGUCAUUUAUUAUGACUUAAAUUAAGUUUAUACAUAAAAUGUUCAUGUAUUAUGUUCAGUAAAUCACAACCACAGAUCAUCACUUAUUUACCUGUAUUACAAUAUUAGUUAAGUCAAACAAUGAAAGUCAACUUUAACACCUCUGCUUCAGAGUGUAGACACUGUACUUCCCAUCUCCAGGACUCAAGUCCGGCCUGCCGGUUUCCCUGAACCCCUUCAUAAAUGUUACCUUGCUCACACUCCAACAGCACGUCAAGUCUUUAAAACCAUUUGUCUCCUUCAUUCCUAUCACAUGCUCAUGCAUGCUUGCUAGAAGUCCAAUCCCCACACACAAAAAACCACCUUUACCUCCUCCCUCCAACCUUUCCUAGGCCGACCCCUACCACACCUUCCCUCCACAACAGAUUUAUACACUCUCGAAGUCAUUCUAUUUCCUUCCAGCCUUUCUACAUGUAUUUCAACUAAUUUAUUUAUUUAUUUUCUUGGCUGUGUCUUGUGUCAUGUAGUCUAUAACAAGUCAGUCCACUAGUCUUCUGUUCUUCCCUCAACUUGUCAAUUUUCGUAAUUGUCUUUACAUUUUCUUAUAUUGUAGUACAGCAAUCCAUGGGUACCUGAAAUCAUGUAUAGUACACCUAAUUGUUAUUUCCCUCUUAAUCUUAAGUUUGCCCAAAAUGCUCUGCAUAUACAGGGGCUUUCUGCGUGUACACCCAAAUGUCAUUCUUAUUUGUAACAUGCUGUAUCAUGCUGAAGUAAAAAAUUUUAUCAUUAUUAUUAUUAUAUACAAAUCAUUUUUUGUUUACAUACAUACCUAUGGUAAAGUUUAAUUGAUAAAUUAAGCAAAAUGUCUAGAAUUAGCACUUUUUCACUGAUGGGAAGCAUUUCACAGCUUCUCUUAGUCUUUGAAGAACUACCACCAUCACUACUUUUGCAGUUUGGGGUCAUUGUUAAGCAAAAUUAAUGGUUAUUUUUGGGCCACAGUAGACCGUGGAUAACUGAAACCACAGAUACCGAAUCUGUGGAUACAGGGGCUCUGCAGUAUUUUGUUACUUUUCAUACACUUGUGUAGUAUUGUAUAUAUCAUUGCAGUUAGCUAUAUUCAUGUCUUUUCCAGUAUUUUCAUGUAAAUUUUUACUAGAGGAGCUAUCAUAAACUACACAAAACUAUCACUAUUAAAUUCAACUAUACUCAACCAUCACUAAUAAAAAAGAUAAAAGAUGAAGAUUUUAUUUCUUUGCAAGGUUACAAUGUGUAUUUACAAUUUUGAUUAGUUAAGUACAAAGAAAGCCACU